ACAGAGAUGCGCAACGUACAAUGCUUUCCCUGACGAUUUUUCCUCUCGCCAUUGCAUCAUCCUCUCAACACACUACACUUUUGAACUGAGAUACGCCACCGGCCGUGAGACAAAAUGGGGCGAGCCAACAAUGGCAGGCGCGACGGUAAGUCUACAACUACGGAGGAGGAGAAAAACCUUAGGGAUAAGGUGGCGCAGUGGGAUAGUGAUCAAAUAAUCAAAGCUCUGAACAUGGAGGUUCCGGAAGAACUCCGCUGCACCAAGUCAGACGGAAAAACUUGGCGGUGCAACAGCUAUAGGAUUGCCGGGGGGAAACUUUGUCAAAAACAUUAUCUCCAGCCUUACAUACGCAACUUCUGCAGGAGAAAGGAGAACGGUGCUCACUCUCCGGCCUCUGCAAUGUCUGCUAGGGCGACCAAAAUCAGCUCGGAAAGUCCUGCUGCUACGAAGUUGCGGAGUCCCGUUCUUCCGGUUAAGAGGAGGAGAGUGAGACCAGCCGAGGAAUCGCAGCAAACCUCGCCUGACGAGUCGAUGCCGAAGCAGAAGCGGGGCAAAAUGGGGAAUGCAGAGAGUGAGAGGGGGGAAUCAGAGAAGAACAAGAAGAAAAUCCAUAACAAGGGGGUAGAAGAGGAAACGGAGGAAGCAAACUUUGCAAAAACGCUUAUGGCCAUGAAGGGACAGAAAACAGAGAGGAGCAGAAAAGGCCUGAAGAGAAAAGGAGAUGGUGAUAAAACAGUAGAAAGUUCUGAUGAUGACCAUACAGAAUCUGAUGAAGAUAAGGAUGGGAAAUGUCACAUGGAAAACAAAGGCUCUUGUAAGCAUAAAUGGCUAGCCGGGAGGAAGAGUAUUGGAAGGAAUACAUGUGAUGAGGUGGAAAGUGCUGGUAACAGGUUUAAGAGGGUCAAUUCUGAGCAAAAUGAUGACAUUGAGGGUUCUGGAAGGAAGAGGGACAGUUCUCCCAAAAGGGAGGAAAAUCAGGUUUUGGAAAAGGGGAAGGUUGGUUCUGAGAAAGAGAAGUUGGGUAAGGAGAAGGUAGUUAAUAAAGAUGUCAUAUGUGGUGAUUCUGAGGAUACUGAGAGUGAUGAGUUGGUCAAAUCUGCUAAUAAAUCUCUAUCAACUGUGUACUUAACUAAGAGAACGGGUAAGAUCUUACAAGAGAAUGAAGUUGUGGGUAUGAAAUUAGAUAUGAAUGAUGUUAUUUACCAAAGGAGAAGGAAGAAGACUCUUAUUGAGAAUGGCUGUAAAAAUGAUUCUAAGAAUGAGAAGGAUAGUGCAGUAAAUAAAGGGAAUGUUGCAAGUGGCAAUAUAAAAUCAGAACUUGUAGACAUGGAGAUCUCAGCGAGAAGUUUUGAGGGUUUAAGGAAAGGUCGCACUGCCUUGGAGAAAUCUGCUAACAUGGGUUCCAAAAGGGAUUCAUUGGUGAAGAGGAAGGAUAUGGAGCUGCGUGAGAACAAAUCAUCAACUUCACUGAAGAAAAGCCAUGAAGAGUGUGGUGGAGUAAAACCAAAAGUUGAUGAUAGGAGGAAGCACUUUAGUAAUGAUGACCCAAAUGAUGAUUGCCAGAUGUGCCAUCAGUGCAUGAAGAGUGAUAGAAGAGUUGUUCGAUGUCGCAAUGCUUGCCGCAGGCGCUAUUGUGCUGCCUGUAUUAGAAAUUGGUACCCUCAAAUGACAGAGGAAACAGUAGCAGAAAAGUGCCCUUACUGUCGUGGAAGCUGCAAUUGCAAAGAUUGUUUAUCUAGACAUAUUGAUCAUGAGGUAUAUAAAGGAGCACCACAAAAUCAUGAUGAAAAGAUAAGCCGUCUUAAGUAUCUUGUACAUUUACUCCAUCCGUUUCUCAAGAAGUUUAAUGCCGAUCAAAUGGCUGAAAAGGAAAUUGAGGCUAACAUCCAAGGAGUGCCGUUGUCUGAAAUAGAGAUAUCAGUAGAACCUUGUCACAAUGAUGAGCGGGUGUACUGUGACAAUUGCAGCACCUCUAUUGUUGAUCUCCAUAGAAGCUGCCCUCUUUGCUCAUAUGAUCUCUGCCUGAUUUGUUGCUGUGAAAUCCGAGAAGGUAGCUUCGGAAGAGGUGACAAAGAGAUUGUUUCUGAUGAUCAAUGCAGCAAGCUUACAGAGUGGAGAGCCAGGGAAAAUGGUGAAAUUCCUUGCCCGCCUAAAGAAAAGGGAGGUUGUGGAAACCAUAAGCUGGAGCUAAAGCAUUUCUUGGCUGAAAGCUGGGUUUCUGAUAAAAUGAAGAAAGUUGAAAAAUUAGCUGAAAACAUUAGCUUCUCUGACGAGCUUCAAAUUCCUAAGGAACAGUGUCCCUGUUUCAGAGAUCAAAAUGUUAAUGGUGCGAAAAAUAUUAGAAAGUCUGCCUCCAGAGAUUCUAAUGAUAACUAUUUGUACUGCCCAUCAGCAAGUGACAUCCAGGAUGGUGACCUUAAUCACUUUCAGAGACAUUGGAUCAUGGGAGAGCCUGUGGUAGUCAGAGAUGUUCUUGAAUGUACAUCCGGUUUAAGUUGGGAACCUAUGGUCAUGUGGCGUGCUUUUCGCAAAAUAAGUAUCAAGGAUGGUACAUCAGAUUUGACCGUGACAGCAAUUGAUUGCCUUGAUUGGUGUGAGGUAGAUAUAAAUAUUCACGUGUUUUUUAAGGGGUAUGCUGAAGGUCGGAAGCAUAAAAAUGAAUGGCCUGAAAUGCUUAAGCUGAAGGAUUGGCCGCCAUCUGCUUUAUUUGAGGAGCGGUUGCCACGUCAUGAUGCCGAAUUCAUUAGAGCCUUGCCAUACAAGGAGUACACACAUCCUCGUACUGGAAUUCUUAAUAUGGCAUCAAAGCUACCAACUAAAAUGUUGAAGCCGGACUUGGGACCUAAAACGUAUAUAGCAUAUGGGUUUGCGGAAGAGCUUGGCUGUGGAGAUUCUGUGACCAAGCUUCACUGUGAUAUUUCAGAUGCGGUUAAUGUUUUGAUGCAUACUACUGAAGUGCAUUUAGCGGAGUCUCAGCUUUCUAAAAUUAAAAGAAUGAAGAAAGAAUAUGAUGCUACCGACCUUGAAGAAUUAUUCACUGUUGGUAGACAUAAGCAAGGAGUUGAAAUGGAAAAUUUCCAGGAUGCUUUGCUUUUAGGUGUUAAGGCUGAUAAGGCUGAUGGUACAGCAGAUGAAGCCAACUGUGAUAUGGUUAUUGCAUCUGAAAAGGAAGUCGUUCAGGAUGAUGUGCCUUUAGAGGUUAAAAUUGAGUCUGAUGGUGCAGAUAAAGCCAACUGUCUAAUGGUUAUUGCAUCUGUAAAGGAAGUUGUUCAGGAUGAUGUGCCUUUAGAGGUUAAACUUGAGGCAGAUGAUAGUGCUGGUGCCUUGGGAGUAACAAUUGAUAACGUUUCUCUUGAGUCAUCGUUAGAUGGUAAAUCUGUGCAUGAUGAAAAAGAAAGCCAAUUAGAUGUGAAUGAUGUUAUUCCUUCUGAUAUAAAUGAGCACCAGGAUGACGAGUUAUCUUCCGAAGAGAUGGCAAAUGGGGUAGAUACAACCGAUGGCGGGGCGGUCUGGGAUAUUUUCCGGCGACAAGAUGUUAAGAAGCUUGAGGAUUAUCUUAUAAAGCAUCAAAAGGAAUUUCGGCACAUGCAAUGUCGUCAAUUAGAGCAGGUUGUUCACCCCAUUCAUGACCAAUGUUUCUACAUGAACUCAUACCAUAAGAAGAAGCUCAAAGAAGAGUUUGGUGUGGAACCUUGGACAUUUGUCCAGAAACUUGGAGAAGCAGUUUUGAUUCCUGCUGGAUGUCCCCAUCAAGUUAGAAAUAUUAAGUCUUGUAUAAAGGUUGCUGUUGAUUUUGUUUCACCUGAAAAUGUGGGGGAAUGUUGUCGCUUGACUGAGGAAUUUCGUGUUCUUCCCCACAAGCAUAGAGCUAAGGAAGACAAGUUGGAGGUAAGGAAGAUGAUCGUGCAUGCAAUCGGAGAUGCUGUGGCGAAAUUGGAGGACUUACACAUGUAAAUUGUAACUAAGAUGGCCUAUUUUGCCAAAUCUGUUGUUUAGCACCUAACAAUCAAAUGCAGGGUUAUAUGAACUCUUAUUGGCAAUUCCUUUAACCAGUGUAUUUUUUUCUGAAAGGAAAAGAAUUAACUAGCAUUAACCAAAUCAAAUUCAAA